GCAACUGUUGUAAAGUUCCUGUCGAACCCAGUGGUCUCCCCAUGUACAUAGCAAGGCAAAGCUGACACCAUGGCCCACAUAUCCAGUGGCAAUGGGUUUAAGUUUGACAGGCCAGCCUCUCCGGGGGUGGUCCGGCCCAAAGGGAUUGUGGGAAAGGAGGAGGCUUUACGUAUGGAGUUAGAGGCCUUGGAUAAAAUCAAGCGUGAGAAAAGGCACACACUACCAGCCACAGCGCCUUCUGGUAAUCCCCUUCCCAAUCCAUCAGCGCAAACAUCCACCAGCCGGCAAGAGAAAGACCUCAUUGUGUUUUCCGAAUCGGAAACACAGCAGAAAGAACAAAAAGACAAAUUUGAGGAUAUCGAUUUAGAGAAGCUGACCAAGGAGGAGCUGGAAAAGCUGCUUCUGGAUGACAGUUUUGGCGUCAGCAAAAUGACAAGACCUUCCUCUUUGCUAGGUUGCAAUCUCAGUGCAUCUUAUCCUGGAGGACAUGCGUUCAGCCCUUCUUCUUUCCACUGGACACCCACCCCAACACACGCACAGACUCCCAUGUUCCCCUCUGCUCCCUUCCCGAAGCCUCCGUGCUCUUUCCAGAAUGGUUUUAGUCUAGCUUUGUCUCCCUUUAUUAGUCUGCCGGCCCAACCAACCCCCUUUCUCUCCUUUACACCAAUCCAACCACCUGCUGCUCUGGUCUACCCACAGCCUGCCGUCACCCCAGAGAUGGCCAAGCUAUUUGACAAGAUUGCCAGCACUUCGGAAUACUUAAAGAACGGCAGGUCCUCCAGCAUGGAAACCGAAUCGGGAAGUGUCAAGUCUCUGGAGCCCAUACCUCAACCCUCAGAACCUCCCAACAUCAGCCGUUUUGAGUGGCUGGACCUGGACCCGCUCAACAAGCGCAAGGAGGUGGAGGUAGAGGAGAAGCUCACUGUAUCAAGUGGACCUUUCGUAGAGGAGUCUGGGACUGCUAAAGACCCAUGGGAUGCAGUUCUUCUGGAUGAACCUGAAGUUGUGGAUAAUGGCAGUCCCUCAGCACAGGUGAAGAGCAAAGUGACUUUAGCCACCCAACCCAGAAGAGCAUCAACAGGGGCGGCUGUAACAAGAAGCCAGUCCCUGAACAUACCUGCAACCUCAACGGAUCAUAGCCCAGGCAAACAGAUCAAUAAAGGAAGUACCAAUGUACUCUCAAAGUACUCCAUCUUAGAGAAAAAGGAAGGCCAAAAUCUAGAAGUCGUAGCAUUCUGUGAAGACAUUUCAAAACUGAGGUCAAAGUUCACACAUGAUGACCUGGCUACCAAUCCUGGCUAUGUUCUCAGCCCUGUGAUCAACCAGAGGGAUGCAGGAGGGGACAAUGGGGGCAGUGUGAAAGUAUCCAUUGAGAUUUCUGUUUCUCAACAGCCUGUAACUUUCACUUGUGAUGUGAGUUCUCCAGUGGACCUUCUCAUAAUGCAGGCUUUGUGUUGGGUCCAUGAUGACCUGAACCAGGUGGACAUCAGCAGCUACGUUCUCAAGGUCUGUGGACAAGAGGAGGUUCUACAGAAUAAACAUAGUCUGGGCAGUCAUGAGUACGUGCAGAACUGCAGGAAGUGGGAAACGGAGAUCAAACUGCAGCUCCUUUUUCUUAGCACAAUGAGAAGAGAUCUGGCCCGAACGGCAGAAGAUGACAUUUCCCCUAUUGUCUUGGAGAAAUACCUCGGCCUAGUAGAGAGACCGUUUAAAGAGUCAGUCACAAGAGAGGUUCUUGCUGAACAACUUGAAGGAUAUUAUAAGCAGGUCAAUCUCUGCCUUCAGAAUGAGAGCACCCAGUAUAAAACAGUGGACAAUGUGGUUCAGUCUGUUAAAAAUCUGUGCUGUGCUCUGGAUGAAGUUGAGACACCAGCCAUAAGUGAUGCCAUCAAGAAGCUCAAACGCUCUGUCAACCUUCCUAGAACACGUUCUCCAGAGGCUGGUGCCAUGAGUUCAGCUUCUACAGGUUCAGCUAAUGGUUAUGCUAGCCCCAUUGAGGAGAGUUUAGCCGGACUCACAGAUGCUGUGUAUGAGCUCGCCAAGCUCUACCUGAGGUCUUUCUGUCCAACUACUCCUGGCUACACGAUGGAAGAGCACUUGGAGGACAGGAGGGACAGCAAAGAAGCUUCGGGCACCACUGAGCACCUGCAGUUCACGCUGUUUGCCGUUCAUGGCAUUCCUGCUACCUGGGUCAGCAGUUUUGAAAAAUACUACCUGAUGUGUGCCCUGACCCACAACAACAGGAAUCUCUUCAAGCCUGUCCAGUCCAAAAAAGUGGGAGCAUACAAGAGUUUUUUCUACCACAUCAAAUGGGACGAAUCGAUAAAUUUCCCUAUUUCAGUGGCACUUUUACCACUAGAGGCCAUGCUGAGUCUUUCUCUCUACGGGGUUCUUAACCAGAAUGCGAACAACUCGCCAGAUUCCAACAAGCAACGGAAGGGUCCAGAGCUUUUGGGAAAAGUGUCCAUGCCUCUGCUUGAUUUCAGGAGGGUGCUCUCAAGAGGUAGCCAGCUGCUAAGUUUGUGGACAUCUCAAGUCCUUCAGCCUGGAGCUGCAGGCAAGGGGAAGAAUCCUUCAGAACGGAUCAUACUGCAGGUUGACUUUCCCAGUCCAGCAGUGGACGUGCUCUAUGUUGGUCCUCAGGAGAACGGCUGCCCAGACCCUCAAUCUCUAGAUCCACUUGAUCCAGGAGAUCGAAGUGAGAUUGAAAAGCUAUGUGCACAAGCAUCUGCUUUUGGGCUGUCACGAGCAGACAAGCAACUGCUCUGGGACCAGCGGUACUAUUGUCGGGACUAUCAAUACAGCCUGCCAAAAAUCUUGGCCAGUGCACCCAGUUGGGACUGGGGCAGUAUGGGUGAGAUCCACUCACUUCUGCACCACUGGCCCCCUCUGUCGCCUGUUUCAGCCCUGGAGCUCCUUGAUUCAAAGUUCGCUGACACAGAGGUGAGGAAAGUGGCCGUGAGCUGGAUCGAGAGCAGUAGUGAUGAUGAGCUGGCUGACUAUCUCCCUCAGCUGGUGUGGAUGGUGCUGCUGGAGGGUCUAGAGAGGGUACAGUCUUUCUUCCAGAAGAACAGCUGUCGACUCCCUAUUACUCCCAGUCUGGUGGCAAAAGAACUCAAUGUCAAGGCCUGCUCUUUCUUCAAUUCCAACGCUGUACCUCUGAAGAUUGCACUGGUUAAUGCAGACCCGCUGGGAGACGAGAUUAACGUCAUGUUUAAGAUGGUGCUGCUGGAGGGUCUAGAGAGGGUACAGUCUUUCUUCCAGAAGAACAGCUGUCGACUCCCUAUUAGCCCCAGUCUGGUGACAAAAGAACUCAAUAUCAAGGCCUGCUCUUUCUUCAAUUCCAACGCUGUACCUCUGAAGAUUGCACUGGUUAACGCAGACCCGCUGGGAGACGAGAUUAACGUCAUGUUUAAGGUUGGAGAGGAUCUGAGGCAGGACAUGUUGGCGCUGCAGAUGAUUCGGAUUAUGGAUCGGAUCUGGCUGCAGGAGGGACUGGACCUGCGCAUUGUCAACUUUAAAUGCAUCUCUACUGGCAAAGAUAAAGGCAUGGUAGAGUUGGUUCCGUCUUCUGAAACGCUGAGGAAGAUUCAGGUGGAGUACGGAGUGACGGGCUCCUUUAAGGACAAACCUCUUGCCGAGUGGCUCCGCAAGUAUAACCCUGCUGAGGAUGAAUAUGAGAAGGCCUCAGAGAAUUUCAUCUACACCUGCGCAGGAUGCUGCGUGGCCACUUACAUCCUAGGCAUUUGUGACCGUCACAACGAUAACAUCAUGCUGCGUUCCACUGGCCACAUGUUCCACAUAGACUUUGGGAAGUUCCUGGGUCACGCACAAAUGAUUGGGAGUUUUAAAAGGGACCGAGCGCCGUUUGUCUUAACCUCUGAUAUGGCUUAUGUCAUUAAUGGAGGCGAGAGACCCACUAGCCGCUUCCAGCUUUUCGUUGACCUUUGCUCCCAAGCCUACAACUUGAUACGCAAACACUCCAAUCUCUUCCUCAACCUGCUGUCUCUGAUGACACAGUCAGGUUUACCUGAGCUGACUGGAGUCCAAGAUCUUAAAUAUGUGUAUGAUGCUCUUCAACCUCAGACUACAGAUGCUGAAGCUACCAUUUUCUUCACAAGGUUGAUUGAAUCCAGUCUGGGCAGUGUGGCCACAAAGUUUAAUUUCUUUAUCCAUAAUCUGGCCCAGUUGCGAUUCUCUGGGCUUCCCUCCAAUGACGAGCCAAUCCUCUCCUUCGCUCCCCGGACAUACACUAUGAAGCAGGAUGGCAGGAUUCGAGAUGCCUCUGUUUUUUUCUUCCAUAUCUUUCAGACGUACGUUAUACGGAUCCUUAGGGAAGGUCAGAAUGAGCCGCAGUUUGUCUUCCGCACCUUUGAUGAGUUCCAGGAACUGCACAACAAGUUGACCAUCCUUUUCCCUCUGUGGAAGUUGCCGGGAUUUCCCAGUAAAAUGGUGCUGGGUCGUACACAUAUCAAGGAUGUGGCAUCCAAAAGGAAGGUGGAAUUGAGCAGCUAUGUGCACAAUCUGAUGAGGAGCUCAACAGAAGUCACCCAGUGUGAUCUUAUCUACACUUUCUUCCACCCUAUUGCGAGAGAUGACAAGACCGAGGGGGUUGAAGGACUCUCUAAAACUCCAGAUAUGCCUCCAGUGAGUCCCACCACCGGCCGCGUGGAGGGUGAGGUGAAGCUGUCAGUGUCCUACCGAAACAGCACACUCUUCAUCAUGGUCAUGCACAUUAAAGACCUGAUAUCAAAUGACGGUGCAGACCCAAACCCUUAUGUGAAAACAUACCUUCUCCCAGACCCCCACAAAACAUCCAAACGCAAAACAAAGAUUGCCAGGAAAACUAGGAACCCGACAUUUAAUGAAAUGCUGGUGUACAGCGGCUACAGUAAGGAAACCCUGAAACAAAGGGAGCUUCAACUGAGCGUGCUCAGUGCGGAGUCUCUGCGAGAGAACUGCUAUUUGGGUGGCAUCACCCUCAGCCUUAAAGACUUUGACCUGAGCAGAGAGACCGUCAAGUGGUACAAGCUCACAACGGUGCCCUACUUUUAGAUCCAACGAUUCCUCCCCACCAGUCUUCCACAAAAGGUGAUGUGUCUGCAUCAAGUGCCCUUACAGGACCACUUCACAUUCCCCAGCAUCCCUCUCUCGCUCGCUCUCUCUCUAUGACACUAAUCAAGGUUGAGUCUUUGUCGAAAGAAUCAAACCACCUAAAUUGAUGUGUGAAUUCAACAUUUGUGUUCUGUACAUUUGGAACUUAAGAGGACCAAACGGCUUACUUAAAGAAGAGUUUAUAUUAUUAUACAUAUAGAGAGAGAUUGACACCUGUAUUUUUAAAACUGCUAAUUUUUACACUUUUGUUUUCUACAUAUGCAAUUAAGACACAUUAAAAGUCUGUAUGGUUUUGAGCUAUCAAAACAAGCACAGUAGAGUUCACUGUGCUCUUGAUAAUGUGCCAAGUGAACUGAACAAACUCAUGACCACGUCCCUUUAGGGAACAAUAACAGGGUGCCUUCACACGCUCUCCUUUCAUUUUCGCUCUUCUCAGUACAUUUGUGGUUUAACAAAGGCCCUGUUUUGUAAGAUAAUGUAGUAUGUACUUCCCAUGGUGUGAACAGAGUUGGUCGAGCUGUUUUUUUAAUCCACCAGUGAAUU